GGGGCGACCGCUGCGCGGGAAGUGGGAGUGCUGCCGGUGCGCGGGUAGAGGGUUCGGGUGUUAGCUUGGGUCUGGCGGGAUUUUGUGCUACUCUUCAGCUUUCCCCACCCGUUUUUCGUUUUCCUCGGCCCUGUCACUAGAUGGAGUUCAGCAGCAGAGCGCGGCAGCGGCACCUGAGGCUGGCGGGGGACAGGCGGGAGCCGUACCCCCACAGCCUGCAGUUCUACCAGGAGCCCCCCACCGAGAGCAUCUCGCUGGCCGAGUUCGAGAGCUUCGCCGUGGAUCGCCUGAGGCUGCUCAAGGUGGUUGAAAACCUUGGUGUGAGCUAUGUAAAAAGUGGUGACACGUACAAAACUAAGCUGGAGUCUGAGCUCCGGAAGCUUAAGUUUCCCUACAGAGCUUUGGCUGAGGAUGAUUAUGAUGCAAGAAGAAAGGACCAUAUUUCUCAUUUCAUACUACGCCUCGCUUACUGUCAGUCUGAGGAACUCAGACGUUGGUUUCUUCAACAAGAAAUGGAUCUAUUUCGAUAUCGCUUCCACGAGCUGACUGACAGCCUAAGGCAGAAAUUCUUGGAUCAUGUUAACUUAUCAUUUGAAGCUAUUAGUGAAGACCUGAAAAAUGAAUUGGCAAAUGAGCUGUACUUCUCAACUCCCGGCCUCAGUAUGGCUAAAGUAAAAGAACAGAUGUUUUAUAAGGUUGGACUGUCAGAUGCUGUUGAUCUAUUUAGAGCAAGAAGAGUGUUUAUUAAAGAUGGCUUUGCAUUUGUGCCAGUUAAGGACAUUGAUGCUAUUGUUUUGAAUAACUAUAGAAAAAACUUAUCUAAAGCACUGGCGCUGACAGCACGAUCACUGCCUUCCAUACAGUCUGAUGAGAGACUACAGCCACUGCUUAAUCAUCUCAGCCAUUCUUAUGUUGGCCCAGAUUACAGUGUACAAAAAAACACUGGAAAAAUUUCCCUGGAGCACAUUGAUGUUCUUUCUGUGAAAUCAUUCCCUCUUUGCAUGCGCCAGUUACACAAAGCCCUACGUGAGAACCAUCACCUCCGCCAUGGAGGCCGUAUGCAAUACGGACUUUUCUUAAAAGGCAUUGGUUUGACUCUAGAACAGGCACUGGAAUUUUGGAAGAAGGAAUUUAUCAGAGGAAAAGUGGAUGCAGACAAGUUUGACAAAGGAUAUGCUUACAGCAUUCGCCACAACUAUGGGAAAGAAGGGAAGAGAACUGACUAUACUCCGUACAGCUGCAUGAAGAUUAUCAUGUCCAAUCCACCAAGUCAAGGGGAUUAUCAUGGGUGCCCAUUCCGCCACAGCGAUCCUGAGCUAUUGAAGCAGAAGCUGCAGUCAUACAAGGUUCCUCCCAGUGGAGUUACUCAGAUCCUGGAAUUGGUGAAGGGCAUGCAUUACCAGCUGGCCUGUCAGAAGUACUUUGAAUUGACACAUAAUGUUGAUGACAUUGGAUUUUCUUUGAAUCAUCCUAAUCAGUAUUUUGCGGAGAGUCAAAGGAUAUUAAGUGGUGGUAGAGAAGUGAAGAAGGAACCGAGUCAUUUGGGAAAUUCUCAACAAAAAAAUAAUAGUCAGGAAAGCAUGAAUUCAAAUUCUACUCCCACCUCUUCAAAUACGACUACUGAUGCAGAACUGGAAGGACUGGAGGCGUACUUCACUGAAGACUAAGCAGCUAUGGUAGCUUUUUUCUUUUCCUACUCUAACUGAAUUCAUCCUUUUACUAAGGAACGUGCACUUCACUACCUAGAAGACAAAAGCAUUUAGCAAUUUGAAUAGGCUGAAAAAGGAAGAAUGAUGCUGAAGGUGUAAUCACAUGCAGUACUUACUGUUAUUGCUUUAGGAUACUAUUGCAUAGGGCAUCUUGAAGGAUGGGAAAAGAAAAUUCCUUCCCAUUUCUUAGAUGACUUUUGCCUGACUUGCCUUUUUUGAUUCUGUUCAAAAUGUUUAAUUAUUUUAUCCUAUUUUGUGAUCAUUUUUGUAUAUUAUUAAUAAAUACAUUGCAAGAUAAAAAAUUGCAGUUUUUUAUUUUUAACUGUCUUUAUAUGGUAAUUAAGUAGGACUUUUUCCUUAUGAUCUAAACUAGCCUCUGAAGGAGGGACCCUGUCUCUGUUUUCUACAGGAGGGAAAUCAACUUUGUAAUUCGUGUACCUUGGCACUGAAUUUCUAGAGCCUGUUUUGGUGCUUGAAGUAGAACCUAGUUAGAGUUAGGGUGAGCAUGUAACCUAUGGAACAGUAUUAUGCUACAGAUUUUAUUCUUUGCAACAGUUGACUGAUUUAGACUACUAAUGGUGUAGUUGGACUAAUGAUUUUUUUAAUUACAAUGAAGAUUUUGGACAAAC